UCCGCCUGUGAGUUACACUCUAGUUUUGUAGGAAAUGUAGCCAAACCGGUAUUACUCAGUCCCUACAAACUUGGGCCGAUUUGACGCUCAUGUGAGACUACAUACCUCAGUUGAGGAGGCAUAUGUGGCUUUACAAAUGAAGACAUGCUUUGAAGUAACCCUCAAAUGAUACGGGCAUAAUUGAACGACUUCAUUUAUAGUCUUUUAACUUUUUACUAAAUCUACUAAAUCUCUCUUGGUUUCACCUGGCUGGCAGACUCAAAGCUGGAAAUCACCACACUCAGCAUGGAGCCCUCACUUGCUGAAAAUCUACCCCACUGUGAAGAUGAGACAAUGGUCCCAGUACUAACAUCGAGAAAAGCCAGUGAAUUACCAGUGAACGAAGUUGCAUGUUUAUUGCAGGCAGACCUGCAGUACGGCCUAACCCACAGCGAAGUGGCCCAUCGCCGUGCCUACCAUGGCUGGAAUGAGUUUGAUAUCAGCGAAGACGAGCCCCUCUGGAGGAAGUAUAUUUCCCAGUUUAAAGACCCCCUCAUCAUGUUACUGCUGGCCUCGGCCGUCAUCAGUGUGCUGAUGCGACAGUUUGACGAUGCCGUCAGCAUCACCGUGGCCAUUAUUAUUGUUGUUACAGUCGCCUUUGUUCAGGAGUAUCGCUCAGAGAAAUCCCUGGAGGAGCUGGGGAAACUGGUGCCUCCUGAAUGCCACUGUGUACGGGAGGGACACCUGGAACACCUACUGGCACGUGAGCUGGUCCCAGGGGACACAGUGUGCAUGUCUGUGGGAGAGAGGGUCCCAGCAGACCUGCGUCUCUUUGAGGCGGCAGACCUGUCAAUAGACGAGUCGAGCCUAACAGGAGAGACCGCCCCAUGCCCCAAGUCCUCCGCUCCCCAGCCAGCGGCCACAAACGGGGACAUCACCUCCCGCAGCAAUGUGGCCUUCAUGGGAACGCUGGUGCGCUGUGGGAAAGCCAAGGGAAUUGUUAUUGGAACAGGAGAAAACUCAGAAUUUGGAGAGGUCUUCAAGAUGAUGCAAGCUGAAGAGGCCCCAAAAACCCCGUUACAAAAGAGCAUGGAUCUUCUUGGAAAGCAGCUGUCCCUCUAUUCUUUUGGAAUCAUAGGAGUCAUCAUGCUGGUUGGGUGGCUUCAGGGAAAGCAUAUAUUAGACAUGUUCACCAUUGGUGUCAGCCUGGCGGUGGCAGCCAUCCCAGAAGGACUCCCCAUUGUGGUGACCGUCACAUUGGCCCUGGGUGUUAUGAGGAUGGUCAAGAAACGUGCCAUUGUCAAGAAGCUCCCCAUCGUUGAAACACUGGGAUGCUGCAAUGUGAUCUGCUCUGACAAGACCGGCACCCUGACCAAGAAUGAGAUGACUGUCACUCAACUCUUCACCUCUGACGGGCAGCACGUGGAGGUCACAGGCGUUGGCUACAACGGAGCCGGAGAGGUUAUGCUGGAUGGAGAAGUGGUCCACGGCUUCGCAAAUUCAUCCAUCACGAAAAUAGUAGAAGCUGGCUGCAUCUGCAAUGACGCAGUCAUCAGGAACCACACGCUCAUGGGACGUCCCACCGAAGGGGCACUCAUUGCCCUGGCCAUGAAGAUGGGAUUGGAGGGAGUUCAGCAGGAGUAUAUCCGGAGAGAGGAGCACCCUUUCUCCUCAGAGAAGAAGUGGAUGGCUGUUCGCUGUGUCAACCGAACUCAGCAGGAUAAACAGGGAUUAUACUACAUGAAAGGUGCCUACGAACAGGUGAUUCGCUACUGCGCCUCCUAUAACAGCAAGGGGCUGACACUGCCCCUGAACAGCCAACAGAGGGAGCUGUACCAGCAGCAAAAGAGCUACAUGGGCACAGCUGGUCUGAGAGUGCUGGCAUUUGCGUCUGGAUCCGAAUUGAGUACUCUCACUUUCCUGGGCCUGGUGGGCAUAAUCGAUCCCCCCAGAGCCGGGGUGAAAGAAGCCGUGGGAACGCUGGUGAGCUCGGGCGUGGCCAUCAAGAUGAUCACCGGAGACUCCCAGGAAACCGCUGUGUCCAUUGCCAGCCGAUUGGGCCUGUUCACAAAAGGGUCCCAGUCUCUCUCUGGAGACGACGUGGAUCAAAUGGACAUUCAGCAGCUGUCGCAGAUAGUGCCGCGGAUAGUAGUGUUCUACAGAGCCAGCCCCAGACAUAAACUGAAGAUUGUCAAGUCUCUGCAGAACAUUGGUGCGGUGGUGGCCAUGACGGGGGAUGGGGUCAAUGAUGCAGUGGCACUCAAGGCGGCAGACAUCGGGGUGGCCAUGGGCCAGACGGGGACCGACGUCUGCAAAGAGGCGGCGGAUAUGAUCCUGGUGGACGAUGACUUCCAGACUAUCAUGUCAGCCAUUGAGGAAGGCAAAGGAAUUUACAACAACAUUAGGAAUUUUGUCAGGUUUCAGCUCAGCACGAGUAUUGCGGCUUUGACUCUAAUUUCGUUGGCUACGUUGAUGAAUUUUCCCAAUCCACUAAAUGCCAUGCAGAUCCUGUGGAUUAAUAUCAUAAUGGACGGGCCGCCCGCACAGAGUCUGGGAGUGGAGCCUGUGGAUCAGGAUGUGAUCCGGAAGCCUCCUCGUGAUGUCAGAGACACCAUCCUCACCCGCAGCCUCAUCGUGAAGGUCCUGGUCUCCGCUCUCAUCAUCGUGUGCGGGACCCUCUUUGUGUUCUGGAGAGAGCUGCAAGACAACUUAAUCACCCCUCGGGACACCACCAUGACCUUCACCUGCUUCGUGUUCUUCGACAUGUUCAACGCACUCAGCUCCAGGUCACAGACCCGUAUGGUUCACGAGAUGGGCCUGUGCAGCAACAGGAUGUUCUGCUAUGCAGUCCUGGCCUCCAUCAUGGGCCAGCUGCUGGUCAUUUACUUCCCCCCGCUACAGAAGGUGUUCCAGACUGAGAGCCUCAGUAUUUAUGAUCUGCUUUUCCUUGUGGGGCUGACAUCCACUGUAUGCGUCGUCUCCGAGCUAAUAAAGAAGAUCGAGAGGUGGAGAGGCAGAGGCGCAGAGAGAACUGAGAAGUCGGAUUCUUUCCACGAAGUAUGACACAUAUUGCGUCCAGUGUGGAGAGGGGGGCGGGUGGAAGGGUGGGUGGUUGGGCGUUGAUGGGGUAGCGUUUUGGGGGGUUCCCUGCAGAGAACACAGACUGGAAAGUAGAUACGGGAGCAGGUUUUUCUUCCGUAUACUGUUGAAUUUUGGGGCUUUUCAAGUGUAAUUUAUGAUGGGACACACCGUCCUUACCUCAGAGGGCACGGUGGUCAGAAACAACCAGGCUUCAAUGCUUUGGUUUGCUGCUUGAAACUAUACAACCUUUCGAGAACAUUAUUUAUGAGGUUAACUUAACAAAGAACAGUUGUUGACAUAAUUCUUUAUAAUUUUUAAUGUAUGCUUUGUCUUUUUUUUUUUUUUUAAACCACCUUUCUUUGCGCACUGGUGGCUGAGUAUAGCUUUUGUGGAAUGAUAUAGCUCUCACCUUCACGCAUUCCAGCUCAUCAUGCUAGAACGGUUUGAGUCCCCGUGUAGUUGCUUGAAAUAUGUAACUUCACAAUUUAAGAGAAGACUACUUCUGUAAAAGAAACGUGUGCGAUAAUUUUGUGUACUGGUUUUUGGAAGCAGUUACCACUAUAAAGUUGUGUAUUUUGUG